AUGGAUUCUCUGCCGCGCGAGCUCAUCGAACUGAUCCUCCUCUGGAAUGUGCGCAUGUGCGAAUGCGAAAAGAACAGCAUCUUCCCCUUGCGCCUGGUCUGCAAGGCCUUCGACAUCGCCCUGAAGCCGUAUAUCUUCAAGACCAUCCAGCUGGAGUUCUCAAAGUUCUUGCGCGCUGUGCCCACCCCAGAUAUGAGGGCUUUGGAGAGCGUGGGGAAUCUUUGUCAGGCCGUGUAUCUGGACAUGAUGGUUGUGAGGGAUGAAGACGAAAUCACCCGUUUGACGGAAGUCUUCAAUGGCAUUAUCGUCAAAGUCCCAGAAAUGGGGCCUCUCCUCCUAUCUCUCCGGCGGUAUUGCAUGAACGAGAACACAUUCGACGAGACCGAUUUCCGAAGGGUUAUAGAGCGCGUGUUGGCCGCUACACCAAAUAUGACUCGGCUCAAGCUCAACCUCCCCUUCCAGGUUGUAGGACGGACUAGUUCAACGGCUACACUUCUGUUAGCCACUACGUUCGCAUGUGUUGCUGGCCGCCCGGCAGACGAAUACAAGCCUCUCGAAACGAUGGUAUUAGACCACGUCAGCGAUACUACACUCAGUAGCAUUUGCAAUAACCCCAUUGAUCUCAAUAAUGCUCUGGCCACUUUUGCUGGACUUAAGCAUUUGGUACUGUCCCUCAAGAGGCAGGAAGCGAGACUCGACCGGCAAGGUACUUUUACCGUACAGCUUUGGUUCCUGAUUCGGAAAGCCUUGAAUUUGGAGAGCUUAUGCAUAAUUGGCUGGAAUGUAAAGAGAGACAUCAAUGUCCGGCUCCAUCGACAUUCUAUGGCCUUCAAUGAUUGGUCGAUGCGGUCGCUACCGUAUCACAUUGAUCCAAAACCCGUACCCCGAACGCUGCGCUACUUAGAACUCAAGCGUGUGGAUAUUAAUCCUCGCUCGCUCCUUGGUUUAAUUGAAGAUAACUCAAAGACACUCAAAGAGGUCUAUCUAAAUGAAGUAUAUCUCAAGGUCUUCGGUUCCUCUGAGCAGGCCAAUACCCCACUAUGGAUCGGCUAUCCGGACGAGUCCAGGCCAGAGCAGGCUCUCUGGCUGGCUGAGAGCCUCAGAAAUAUGGAAAACCUUAGAUUGGAUGUCUUGAGGGCGACCGGUUUAGGAUAUGAUGAUUUCGAUCCCGACACCCAGUCGGCACACCCAAGAUACGAUCUUCCUGAUCCAUCAGGUCUGAACAGAUCAUUUGACCAGCGAUUUGUGGAGGCCGUUCUUGGUCACGACGAUAUUACUACAACUAAUAUAAUUGCUCCUACAUCCCAUGAUGGCUAUGACACCCACAAUCACCCUCUCUCAGGAGCCUCCGACGCUCGAAAUUCAGAAACCUCUCUCCAAAGCAAAAGGGCCAACGACUACGAUGUCGAGACCUACCAGCGCCACCAUAACACAACCUCGCACUACAAGCACUCCAUCGAUGGCUACUUCCUGAACCACAACGAGCAAGCCCUCAAGGAGUUACAGCGCAUCAUCAACCUCGCCGACCGCGGCAUGACCCUCAUCUCCGAAGAGAUUGUGCGCAAUAACACGGCGCGCAUCGUGACGGAUAUCGGCGAUCUGGGUAUGGAACCCGCGGCGCCGGACCUCGACCCUGCACCAUGA